GAAAUCACAACCGCUCCAAAUCCAAACAAAACAACAAUGGCUUCUUCAGCAUCUCCACCGUCGUGUGCUCUCACGGUGUCGAAGCCGCCACCCUCCCUCACUUCCCUCUCCGCCUUCUCCUCCCUCAAAAUCCGAACCCCGGGAAGAGCGAGGCCGAAUUCGGCUUUCACAGCCGAAUUCGACCUCGCUUACUUCGAGAGGGACCUCGAAGGCGGCGACGCGCCGCCGGAGGCGGAGGACAAGGAGGAGCCGCAGUGCUCACCCGGGCUCCGGAAGUACGAGACCAUGGUCGUCCUCCGCCCCGACAUGUCGGAGGACGAGCGCCUCACAUUCACUCAAAAAUAUGAAGAGUUGCUUGUAGCAGGUGGUGGGAUGUACGUUGAGGUGUUCAAUCGUGGCGUGAUCCCACUCGCGUACAGCAUCAAGAAGAAGAACAAGGCCGGAGAGACGAACACGUACAUGGAUGGGAUCUACCUUCUCUUCACCUACUUCACCAAGCCCGAGUCGUUGAAAAUUCUCUCCGACACACUACUUGCCGACGAUGAGGUCAUCCGGUCGUCCAGUUUCAUGAUCAGGAAAAGGAAGCUGUUUUAGGUAUGUGGAAUGUGUUGUUAAGUUGUUUGUAAUGUUAGCCUAGAUAUUGUGUGCUUCCAUGGCGAGAGAGAGAUUUAUUUUGGAUUUUUGGAAGGUAAAUGCAUAUUCAUGUUCUACAAUCCUAA